AUGCAUUUAGACAAUUUUAAUCUUGGUUUAUACAUAGCUACAUAUAUUUUUGAUUCAAUUAGUUUAGGGUUCUUAACUAGAUCUGUCAGUUCUUUACUUCAGCAUAUGAUCAAAGAACAGAAUCCAGAAUUAAUUCAAUAUGAUACUAAUUCGUUAGAGAAAGGUAAACCAAAAGAGAAGUUAAAUUUUUGGCCCUUCAGAAUUUUAACAGUUGUUCUAUUAGCUGCGGUGAUUAUUAACAUCGUUGGUACUUCUGAACUAUCAGAAGGUGAUACUAGUUCAAUGCCAUUAAUUAAAGCUUCUUCUAUAUUAUUUUUAAUUGGUGUUGUAAUGAUUAUUGCAUUAUUAGUACUUGUUCAUUUACAAAGUGCUCAAUUUUCAAUGAUUGCAAAAGUAUUAAUUGCAGCUAGUGUUAUACUAAUUAUCAGGUGUAUUUAUUCAUUGCUUUCUGCUUUUCAUGGUAUAAGUUUCAGUCAACCAAGUAAAUAUAUGAUUUAUUUUGGUCAAUAUAAAUAUUAUACAUUUUUAGGAUUUUUACCAGAAUCAUUAGCUGGUAUUUUAAUAUUAAUAGCAUUUUGGUAUUGGUAA